AUGUCUGCUCCCGUGAGAUCUCGCUAUUAUGAGGACAUACUUGCCGUCACGAACCACAUUUCCAUGCCGGAUUGGGAGGAUACAUCGACCAAAAUAAUUGAAGUCUUGGCCCGUGAUAUAACUUUUCCUCAGCCGUUCUCCGUGAAGGAAGUUGUUAUCUGCGGUACUUCAUUCUUCCAGCCCGCUCCACAUGAUAGGUUCUUUCUGGAUAAAACCGCUUUUUUUCUGAAUCACAUAACCAAGGACGAUAUGUAUGAAGGAGUCCAAGCCCCUUAUUCAGUCGUUCGACAAAUCAAAGUGUCUAUGACCACCGGCCUCGUUGUAGUUACCCUGUCGUCUCCCGCAGUAGUGGGAGAUAAACAGAUGGAUAACAUUCCCAAAGAUAGGCCUAUGCUCAUGACUUUCAACUUACUGGCAUCCGAUAUAGACAGGUUCACACGCGCCGUGAAGGCGCGAAAUUUGGAACGUGCCCUUUCAUGGGACGGCCCCUCCUUGUCUAACACAACAGAGCGUAUAUCAAUCAAUUCACCGAUCAAAUUGGAUAUAGAAGGUCGAAACCCUUUCCAUUCAGCCUCUUAUGAGGAGAAAGUCAAGAUUGUAGAGCAAGAGAGAAGCGACGAUAACAUAGGCUAUAUCAGCGGGUUUCACAACAGAAAGGAAAAUAUCAGCGACGCUGAAAUUCCGGUCUCUGAUACGGCAUAUAAGUCUGACCUAUCUCGCCAAAUCAGCGUUCCGGACAUUGGCUUCAGUACACCCGCUGGCAUUGGCGGCCUCCCCUCUCAAGGAAAAGCGUGGACAAUCGUUCCCGCUCUUCCUAUCACUGGACAGACCGACCAACAUGCAAAGACCAUUUCCGAUACCGCCUCUAUCAUUCAUCAACAUCCAAGUGAUGAUAAAGACGAGGUGCCUUCCCUCCGAUCAUCUUCAGAUUACAAUACUCUUCGUCGUUCACGCAGUCAGGACAUGCGCGACAAGAUUUUUGGGACUAGUGACGAGGAACUUACCGACAUCUCUGAUAGCGAACUUGUGCAUAGAUCUACUAAAGCCCCUGGGAACGUAAAGCCUGUUUCGAAGGCAAAAGGUUCGCAGUCUUGGAUUGACCUUGUUCAGCUGCUAACCAGCACGGAUCAAGGGUCAAAAUCAAACAGAAAGGUGGUGGCCCCCUCUCGGAGCCAAAGCGGCGUUUUGGAUGACGGGAAAGAAGCUGCUGACCAGAAGCAGGUCGACAAAAAACCUACAUCUGCGCCUCUUGGGCAACUCAUUCGGCAGAGCACUAAAGCAAAGCAGGCUGUUCCGAACGGUGCAUCCAAACGAUCUACCCCGCCGCCAAUUGGCGACUGUGUCGACGACAUAUCUGCUAAAAUAUUCAUGGAUACAAGAGGGAGGAAACCUCGCGCAUCGGCUGCCGCUGCUUUGAAAAGAAUUGCUCGAGAUGCACAAAGCCCAGAGAUGGACGAUCAUUUUGCUGAACCGGAUGAGACGUCAGGUGUAUUCGAUAAUAUCUACAACACAUUGAACACGAAGCCAACCAUGGGAACAGCCGACAAUGCUUCCGAUACUCAGACAUUUUCAUCUCCAGGACAUCGCGACGAAAUACCCGUGCCUGUAGAGACCGAAGGAACCGCUCGGGCUACUGAUGUUAAGCGCAAACGCAGAACUGUACCCGACAACGGACCCGCUCGUCCCCAACGGCCUUCCAAACGACGAAAAGCUUCAAUGGCGUCAGACAUCGAACUUGAAUUCAACAAACCUCAAGCACAAAGUGCUCUGCGCAGCACUGCGAGGAAGUACGGCCAUCAGAAGCAGAAGUAUAGAAGAUUGCCCCCGGCUCCAAUUUUGUCAGUGGACUACGACGAAGUACCACCCAUUUCCACGGCCAAACCCGCCUUGCCUUCAUCGAGUCAUGAAUCGAGCCCCCCUGCUCCAAUUGCCGUAAUCGUUCCAAGAUCUCGAGUUGCCGCCAUGAAACCUAAGGAUACAGAACAUAUGGCACCUGCAAGAACAAGCGAAAAUCGUGCUGAUUUGAACAUGGCUGCUCUACAAGGGAUCGAAACCCAUCCUCUUGUGUCGAAGUCUGGGCCUAGGGUGGCGAACUCUGCGGGAGGCCCCUCGAAAAUAUCUCGAGUUGUAGCCGAACAAAGUUCAAAGCCGCCUCGUGAGCCUCAACCGGUCAUGACAGAAGUAGAACAGGGUGACAAAGAUGUUAACUCCUCGGAACUGCGUGAGAUGGCUUGUGAAGUCAUUAAUCAGGGUCGCGGCACGGCGGUGGUCAAAGACGUGAUCCCACACCUGAACAUAGCUAAACCAGUGGGAACUCAGGCCCUCGAGCCAGAACCACAGCCCAGAUCAAAUAUCAAACACAGUUUCCGAAACUCAGCCAAAGAAGCCUACCGCAAAAUCCACCGGAACAGCCAAGGUUCUGACCACGCCAUCUCACCCUUUGAAGCCUCUAAGCUAGGUAUGCCCGAUCCCCAAUCGUCAUCGAAAGAGAAAAAGAGUCAGGCUUUCCGCUUCGUAUUAGAACGUACGGACGAGGGCUCUGAUGAACUAGAGAAGAUUGAAGAACGGAGAUUGAGACUGGGUCCAUCGUCAAAAGAAAAGAAAAAACAAGAAGCCGUGACGAUAGAUCUCACGCAAGAUGAUGAAGACUUAAAGUUACAACCGCAUUGGAGUAGUGCCCGAUCGCCCUCCGCCUUCUCUAAUCUGUCGCUCGUGAACCGCGAGCAGAAUGACUUGCUCGCUCCUCCCCCCGACGUUGAAGACGAUAAAAUCAAGUAUAAUGACUUCGAAGUUUCACUUGACUCAUCCCUUCGUAUGCAAAGUCCCUUGAGGGAAGUAUCUCCAGACAACUCCUCAGUGCCUUCACCGAUUCCACGCAAGACUACAUCUGUCGCUGGGCCGAAAAAGAACGUAGCAUUUUCGUUUGCCAUCGAGGAUGACGAUGACGAUGACAGUGAAGGUUCAUUUGGAGAUUACAUUCCUCGAGAGAAACUGUCAAAUUGGCCAUCGAAGGAAGCACCGAUCGAGGACCGCACCAGGGUGAUACCGCGGCAAAGGAAGCAAAUUUACUUUGGAACGAGAGAGCCCUUGAAGAAAUUACAACACCAAUCACGUCCGGAGCGGGAGCAGCAAACGCAACAUGUCGGAUCAAAGUUCGCCAAGCCUACUAGCGUCGCUCGCAACUCGACCGGAGAACACUCCAUUCCUGCGAAAUUGCUUCCCCAAGAUUUUGAUUCUGAAAUAAGCGCGAUCAUCGACGAGAUUACCUGCGUUAUUCAGGCCAGGAUUUCAAACCUGUAUGACGGAGUUCGAGACAGUGUUCGCAACGCUCGACAGCAAUUGCUCUCUCAAGCCGCGAAUGAUCUACGUUCACUGAACGAGCUGAACGUUACAACCUUCAACAAUCUCAUAGACCUUGAAGCCGCUUACGUCGAUUACUCAAAGCGUUUCCUUACCGCGCUAGGCGAAGCCGGGCGCCUUGGAGAAGAGGGGCUACAACUUUCAAAGAAUCUCUUGAGGGAACAUGACCGCGGUGUGCAGAUCCACACCAGCAAGUUACUAACUUUGCGGGAGCUACCCGAAAGUGUAACGAAGUGGCUUUGA